UUUUUCUAUUUAAAAGAGAGGGUGGUUGUCUGUGAAUCGAUUUUGUUUUUUUUUUUUUGUUGUUGGUCUUUAAAGGUGGGACUUGGAUUUGGCUUUUGGAUUUUUGACUGACUGAGUAAUGAAUGAAAUAAAAAAAAUUUACACGUAGCGUAUAAAGGGGAAGGAAUUGAAUGAAAACUUUAAAAAGCUUUGGCGAGAAUGAAAAAAAUUUUUUUGAGAAAUAAAAAACAAUAUAUUCCAUGGGGACCAGUUGAAGAUGUUCUUCCAUAUUUGUCUCGUCGCGCGCUCGAAAAUGGCACAAUGCUAAACAAUCUAGGCAAGGAACGACGUCUACUUUGGGGCGAAUUGAAGCGUCGUUUAAGCGGUGGGCAAUUUUUCUUUAAGCCUCCAAAAUCUGGAAUUUGUUCUUCUCCACCUGUAAUUUUAUCUAAUGAUACUGCUCCAACAAUAGAUAAGUUUGACAUUGUACGUGGUCAAUAA